GAAAAACCAUGUGUUACGGCACUGACGGCCUUUAUAACGAAGCGGACAACUCAAACUCGGUUAGUCUGAAUUUCUACCGCACUUAGAAGAGUAUUCUCUGAAUAGUCUAAAUUCUCAGAUAUCAUAAUGACGAUUGAUUUAUAUCAAGUUUCCGGCAGCGGACCAUGCCGCGCUGUUCGGUUAGCUGCAGCUGCUAUUGGUGUUGACCUCAACUUGAAAGUUUGCGAUCUGAUGAAAGGCGAGCAUCUAAAACCCGAAUUUGUUAAGAUGAAUCCUCAACACACUGUUCCAACCAUGAGCGAUAAUGGCUUCUGCUUAUGGGAGAGCCGAGCCAUCAUGACAUAUUUGGCAGACCAAUAUGGCAAGAAUGACUCUCUUUAUCCCAAAGAUCCUAAGAAACGUGCCGUUGUCAAUCAAAGAUUGUUCUUCGACAUGGGUACUUUUUACCAGGCUUUUGCAGAAUAUUACUACCCCCAAAUUUUCGGAAAUACUCAAAAGGAUCAAGCUAAGUUCGAAAAAGUUGGUGCAGCUUUCGGAUUCCUGGACAAAUUCCUGGAGGGUGAGAAUUACGUGGCUGGUAAGAACCUCACCCUGGCUGACCUUGCUAUCGUCACCACACUCUCCAAUUUCGAGUUGAUGGAUUAUGACUUCAGUUCGUUCAAGAAUGUUGUCAGGUGGUACCCAAAAAUAAAGAAAGAAGCACCCAAAUACGAGGAGACCAACGGCGAGGGAGUUAAAGCUUUCAAAGCUUUGGUAGAUUCGAUGAAGAAAAAAAUAUCAAUAUUCUGUAUCCCAUACUGUUGUGCAAUUUAUCAUAAAAAUAAAGUAAAUUAUUUUUCUAUACAAUACAAGCAAAACAGAAUAGAUAAUAUGCCGAUUGAUUUGUAUGGUAUGCCAAUGUGUGCGGGUUGCCGGGCAGUUUUAUUGACAGCUGAGGCAAUCGGUAUCAAUUUGAAUUUCAAAAUCGUUGAUUUAUUCAAUGGUGAACACCAUUCUCCCGAAUAUGAAAAGAUUAAUCCUCAAAAAAUUAUUCCAACUUUGGUAGAUGGGGAUUAUAAACUCGGUGAAAGCCGAGCUAUUAUAGCGUAUUUGGCAGAUCAAUAUAGUAAAAGUGGACGAUUAUAUCCACAUAAUCCAAACAGUCGUGCAUUGGUUAAUCAUCGCUUGUAUUUUGACAUUGGCACUCUUUACAAAGCAAUGGGUGCUUAUUAUUAUCCUAUCGCCUUCAAAGGAGCAAAAGAAUUUGAUUCCACAAAAUUGCCUAAACUUGAAGAAGCUUUCGGAAUGUUAGACACAUAUUUAAAAGGUCAGGAUUACGUAGCUGGACGAAGUUUGACAAUUGCAGAUUUAGCAAUAACUGCGACUGUGACAACAUGUGAAGCAUUUGGAUUUGAUAUUCGCAAAUAUGAGAACGUUUCAAGGUGGUUAGAUAAAAUGAAAACUUCUGCCCCAGGAUACAGAAAAGCUAAUUCUGAAGGAGUCGAGAUUAUGAGGAAAUAUUUCCAGGGAAAAUUGGCUGAAAUUGAAAUUGAAAAAGUAGCUGAACCUACAUCUGAGUAACUGAGUGACAUCAAUCUGAAAAACUAAUACGUUUCGUAUAUGUUAAUAUUAUUUAUUUUUUUUAGUAUUGGUAACAUUGUUAUGGAAUAAAAGCCAUAUUUAAAAAAAAUAAUUAGGUAUAAUAGAAUUGUAAGAAACACAACGAAUGUAUACAAUUUUGUGUUUUGAAAAUAAGGACGCUACGCAAAGUACUUUACUGUAGAUUAAAAACUAUAGUAAAUAUAUUUAGUGUACACAAA